CCACAACACCCAUCUCAAGGCAUCCGACGGCACGAACCGAUUGGCGUCUCGCCUGAUUCGUCAGUCUUCGAGAACCCCGGCGCACAGGAAUAGCUCUGCUCGGCUGCAUAUGAGGCUGAGCCCCGAGAAAUUUCGAGGCCGAUAGCUAGUCCCCUCUUCUCACUACCCCGCCAUGGCUAUGACUGUCGUAACCGAUAUUGCCGGGACGAUGCUGGUGAGCAUCUUUAUGGCCGCGAUUUUGUACGGCGUGACGACGACUCAGACGUUCUUGUACUACCAGAACUAUCCGAAGGACAGACCAGCCCUGAAAGCUGUGGUAGCCAUAGUCUGGUUAUUCGAGACGCUACACACGGCGUUCUGCAUCGACUUCAUAUACAAUUACGUUAUUACGAACUUUGGGAACACUGAAGCCCUCAAUGAUAUCUACUGGAGUGGAGGAAUCACAGUAGUACUCGGCGUCCUAGUCGCCGGGGUCGUCCAUGCGUACUACAUCCGACGCGUAUGGAUAUUGAGCAACCACAACAUACCGCUCACGCUCUUCCUCGCUCUGGUCGCCUUGUUACGAUUCUCGUUUGGCCUGACAACGACGUCCUUAUGUUAUAGUAUCGGGCAAUGGACGACCUUCCGCGAGCGCCGCCUCCCUCUGAUCACGCUUGCGGGCGGCCUGUCAAGCGCGGCUGCUGUCGACCUCAUCGUCGCCUUUUCGCUAAUUUGGUUCCUCGAACAUAGUCGGACGGGGUUCGAUAGAUCUGAUAGCCGUAUAAAUCUAUUGAUGAUAUAUACUAUCAACACGGGGCUUAUUACAUCGAUCGUCUCUGUCGUCAUUGUUGUCACGUACGCGUCCCUACCGUCGACGUUAAUAUUCCUGGGACUGGUGGAAAUCCAGAGCAAGCUCUACGCCAACUCAUUCCUGGCAAGCCUGAACGCGCGGACACAUAUCCUGAACAGAGGGAACCGCUCGCAUUCUGAAUACUCGUCCGGCCGUUCGCACUCUGCCCGAGUGCACCAUGCCCAGGUGCCGGCGCAAAUAUCAAUCCUGCAAGAGACACAUCAUGCUGUCGACGAGAUGCCUAUGGACGAUUUCAGCAAGCCGUCGAAAAACAACUCGCUUGUAUAAUUGCUUGAAUUGAGUGGCCUGACUUUGGGAGCCUUCCAGUACUGUAUUCUAUGACCCAUGUGUAAAUUUUGCGACGUUGUACCUGGUAGAGAUGUACCUUUUGCACUAAGUUAUCCAGUCGCCCCUCUG